UUGAGUCGCGUUGAGUCUCGUUUCGGGUUCGGACUCGAUUUAGAUUCGCGUUGCUUCGCAUUCGGUUUGUUAUUUUUUGGCAUUUUGUUCGAUUUUUCGUGCCGACAUCUAAUAAAAAAGCUGUACACCGCGUACGUACAUGUGCGGAGAGCGCUCCCGUUGAGAACUUGUGAGGCAGCCAUCAAAAAUAACUAAAAAUGUAGUCGGCCAGUGACACAAACCGAAAUAAAACGCAAAAGUGCACCGAAAACAAUCGCCAGGCGGGCAAAGUGUUGAAUAAACAACGCAUAAAUUACCUGGGUGCCCCCCAACGCGGCGUAUACGCAACGUCGCCCCUAAAGGAAAGAGGAAGCUGCCGGAGGAGGCUUAAAAGUGAUGAAUAACAUAACCGCCUAAUGAAAAUUGGACAUGUCCUUUGGAGUAAUGGGAAAUGACUCUUGGCUGAAUUAGUAGCAGUUUCGCGAUCGUCUGCAGUUUGCUUUUUGCAACAUUGCAACUGCAUCUACGUAUCUGUGUGUAUCUGCCACGCCACUGCACUGGUAGAGGUAUCUUUGCGAUUUUCGGGUCGACUCGGGGGUGUCUGUGUGAGCACGUGCAUCUGUGUGCGCUGCGAGCUGCGCCUGUGUUAGCGGGCCGUUGCAAUUGCAAUUUUUCGCCCGUACUUCCUCCAGCUCCCUCGUUCCGAGCUUCGACAAGUCGUGCCAUUGCCUGCCGCAAUCAGCAUUUUGAGGUGAACAACAUGAAAUCGCAUCAAUUAAAUCAUCUUUGAAACCCAUUUUAAACCAACAAAGAAAAAGGAUAAAAUUUAAUUUUAAAUUAAAAAGAAAACUUAACGAGUUCCGGGCAAACGAAACUACAAAAAACAAGUUUAUAAACCAAAAUAAAUAAAUGAGACACUUAAGAAGAAAGGAAUUUAAAAUUUGAUCAACAUGAAGAGAAACAAAUAACCAGCAGAAACCACAGCGGCCAUACGCGCAGCACAGUUACGAAAGUCAAGAGAACCCGCAAAAAUGUGCAUCAGAAGUCAAUAAAGCAGGGACUUCGAACUAAUCGAAAGCGACGUAAGAGCCACAGGCAAAAUCAAGUGCUACCCCAACAAAGAAACAGCCAGUACCUACAAGGACCCAAUUGAGCAGAGGAUCAGCAGCAAUGGCCAUAAACUUUUCGGCUUCCUUUGCAGCCUGCAUAGCAGCCGGACUGAAGGUGCCUCGCCAGAUCAUGUACUGCAUAACCCAGGACACGGGCCAGCCGUACGUGCUCUACAAGGACUCGCAGGACGCAGAGCGCAACCCCGGUGCCAUAGGCGCCAGUCCCGCCCAGUGGGGCAGCGACAUGUACCCCAACAUCCAGCAGCAGGCCCAGCAACACCUCACCGCCCAGCAGCAGCAGCAGCAACAGCAGCAGCAGAACGCGGCGCAAGCAGCUGCCCAGGCGGCAGCCGUGGCUGCGGCAGCGGGACAACCGCAGAGUCCUCCUGGCGGCGGACAGGAGACCCGGGACAACGGCAGCGGCGACGGGCGUCAGCAGCAGGUGUCGCCCUCCUCGAGUCCGUAUCCCGUGCAGCAACAGCAGCAGCAGCAGCAGAGGGCGAACGGGGCAGGCGACGAGGACCCCAUGAAUCAGCUCACCAACCAGCAGAACUCCGCGCCCAACCAAAACCAAAGCAGCAAUGACCCCCAGCAUUCGGGCUCCAAUGCGGGCGAGCCGGGCAACCCCCACGUUCAGCAGAACGGUGGACCCCAAAGCGAUCCGGGCAACGGGUUCCAGACUCCGGACUACUACGCCCCCCGCCACGCGGCACCGCAAGGAGGGAUGCUAGCACCGCCUGGUUUCCCGCCGCUCCACUAUCUCAACAAGGGCGUCCUGCCCAUGGAGCAGUCCGGCGGAGGAGGUGGGGGUGGCGGCGGUGGGGAAGCUUACGCGCUGCCCGAACUGCUGCCCGCCCAGCAGAACGGCCAGCAGAAUACCGGACCAGCGAACGCCAAUGCCAAUGAAGGCGGUGCGGGAGCCAACGGCGGCGGAGGAGUGGGCGGGGCGACGGGAGCGGGCGUAGGCGUGGGUUCUGUGGGCGUGACGAGCAGCGGGAGGACGGGCAACGGCCCAGGACGCCCGCACAAGAACAAGCCACACAGCGACCUGCGGCUGUUUAAGUGCCUAACCUGCGGCAAGGACUUCAAGCAGAAGAGCACGUUGCUGCAGCACGACCGCAUCCACACGGACGCGCGUCCCUUCCCGUGCUCCGAGUGUGGCAAGCGCUUCCGCCAGCAGUCGCACCUCACCCAGCACUUGCGCAUCCACGCCAACGAAAAGCCCUUCACCUGCCCGUACUGCUCGCGCAGCUUCCGGCAGCGCGCCAUUCUCAACCAGCACAUACGCAUCCAUUCGGGUGAGAAGCCCUUCGCCUGCCCCGAGUGCGGCAAGCACUUUCGCCAGAAGGCCAUCCUCAAUCAGCAUGUGCGCACCCACCAAGACGUCUCGCCACAUCUCAUCUUCAAGAACGGGCCGCACCCGACCCUGUGGCCCUCGGACGUGCCCUUUCCCGGCGAGGACAACGACACCAAGGGGGACAUUGCCGGCACGGGCGGCGGCUACCACGACGAGGACUCCCAGGGAACGCCGGACGGCAGCGGCGGAAUGCACUACCCGUCCUACUUUAAAGACGGCAAGGACCCUCGCACAGGCCAAAAGAUACUGCCCGAGGUCCUGCAGCACAUCGGCGUGAGGCCGGCAAACAUGCCGCUCUACGUGAGAUGCCCCAUCUGCGACAAGGAGUUCAAGCAAAAGACCACCCUGCUGCAGCACGGCUGCAUCCACAUCGAGUCGCGACCGUAUCCCUGCCCUGAGUGCGGCAAGCGCUUCCGCCAACAGUCGCACCUCACGCAGCACCUGCGCAUUCACACCAACGAGAAGCCCUUCGGCUGCAUGUACUGUCCGCGCUUCUUCCGCCAGCGGACCAUCCUCAACCAGCACUUGCGCAUCCACACCGGCGAGAAGCCAUACAAAUGCGGCCAGUGUGGCAAGGACUUCCGGCAGAAGGCCAUCCUGGACCAGCAUACGCGCACCCACCAGGUAGGAGAUCGCCCCUUCUGCUGUCCGAUGCCGAACUGCCGUCGGCGCUUUGCCACGGAGAACGAGGUCACUAAGCACAUUGACAACCACAUGAACCCCAACACCACCAAGGUCCGUCGUCAACAGCAACAGCAACACCAGCAACAGCAGCAGCAACAGCAGCAACAGCAACAGCAGAACAACAACACCGUCGCCCAGGUGGCCUCGGUGGCCAAUCAUCUGAUGACCGACGCCAAGAGCCUGGCGGCCCAGCAGUUCCUCAACAACAACAACCCGACGACGGUGGACAACAAGGCCAACAUCCUCCCGGUGCGCAGUAUAGCAUCCAACGCGGCGGCCGCUGCCGUCGUCCAGCAGUCGGUGGUAAAGAACGAGCUCUACUUCCCGCAGUGCUACGGACCGCCGUUCCAGCAUCCCUUCCAGACGCAGCAGGCCCAGCAGCCUAGCGUGGCUCACGCCAACGGAGGUCCCACGCCGCCAGUGACCGUGACGGUGGCCAACUCGGUGUCCUCCGGCGUGGUGGUGCAGCAGAACGCUUCCGCCUCCGUGGUGGCCCAGUGACAUCCCACCACUGGAGCAACUGGGGCACAACAGCAGCAGCAGCCGUCAGCGGCGCAGCAGCAACACCACCAGCCGCCGCCACCGCCGCCCACGUCGUCCGCCCAUCACAUUGCAGCAGCGGCCGCCGCUGUCACCGCAGCGACGCCUUCAUCCGCCCACGCCUCACCAGUGGCGGGGCCACAGACUGUGACGCUGUCGAUCACGCUGCCGCCGCCGCCGGCCUCCCACACGGUCCACCCUGGUCAUCCCGGACAUCCGGGGCAUCCAGGUCAUCCGGGCGUGACCAACGGAGCUGCGCCUCCGCCUCCACCAACUCUGUCACACGCGAUUCCCAUUCAUCCACACAUACACUCGAUAUUCGGAUCUCUAUGAUGUCAUCAGUAGGAGAGACAGGAGUAGUAGGCAGGCAUUCAAAUUGAGGACAACACACUAUUCACCAUAUUUCAUAGGUUCGAUUAGUUCUUUAGUAUAAGAUGCAUACAAAUUCUCCUAGUUUUUAAAACUAAACUUGAAACCACAAAACACAGUUUUGGUAAUGGCAAAUGAACGAGGCGCUGAACAGAGGAGUCGCAAACACGCAAACAGGACGAUUACUAGUCUUUUUAAAAAAGGACUCUAAACUCCUUUGAUACAAACCAUAAACAUGAAAUGCAAAUGGUCAAUGUUUAAGAGAAGCAAAGAGCGGAAAGAGAGAGCCAAAACACAACGUUAUACGAUUCCUUUUUGAUAAUUUGUUUAAGCACCCCAAACACUUUAAAGACUACAAAUACAUCAAAUAUUUAUAUACACACAAACACACGGGCACUCAAGGAAAAGCUAAGUUCGUCAGUCUUGAUUUUUGAUACAAUCGACCGAAGAUAUACGAUUUAGGCCUAAAAUUAGGAUAGCUCAGAUAUAUUGAGGAUCAAUAUGUGACGUGAUAGAUAGGGCAGCUAGAAUCUGUUUUGAGCGAAGAAUAAAGGGGGCGAAGGGAAAAAGAAGGAAAGGAAAAUGAGGAGGAAACGCAGACGUUGGCGCUGAGCAAAUUGUUUUUUGAAGCAGCAUCUAAGCUUAAGUUUUGUUUUUCAGAUAGGUUGAAGUAUUGGAGUUUUUGUUUAAUGAAUACGGUUGAUUGGCUUAGCUGGGUGACUAGCUUGCCUAAGCCAACGGGACUAGCCGAGCCCACCAAACUCUUAUUAUAAAUUUAUUUUUUCAUUUCAAUUGAUAUGUGAUUUUUAAAGUGUAUAAAAUAAUACUGGAAUGCAAUUUAAAGAUACGAAAAAUCAACAAUAAGUUAUAAAACCAUAAGUACUUUAAACUAGAAUUCAUUUGUUGUCUUCCCCAACUAAUUAUGUGUAAUUUAUGUUGAGUUUUUAUUUAGUAAUUAGGCAUACGUUUAACCCAAAUAUGUCCACACAAUUGCACACCCACUAGGCAGACACAAGAACUGAGCAGGAACAUCAUGUUUAUAUAGCAGGCAAUUCAAAUGUGACUCUUAAGGUGCCAUACAAAUGAACAAUAGUCAAAAGGUAAUAGAUAAACCACCUAUCAAGCUUCCAACUUAUACCCAAUUUGAUCCACCAUAUAAAGACCCCCGAACCCCCACCAUCUACGUUCUUCCCCUGUCAACUGUGUGGAUAUAACCGACAAAUUUAGUUUCUUAUCAAAUUUUCCAAUGUACCGUCAAAGCAUUUAUGAUUGUUAUUAAUCUUUUAGCAUAUGUUUCCUACAUAUUUAUAUGUAAAAGUAUAUACAUUUUAUGUAUAUGUAAAGAAAAAUCGCGAAAGAGCAAAAUUAACUUUAGUUUAGUCGUUUCACUUUAUCAAGUAUCUACUCAUUAUUUAAUAAAUUUAGUAAUUAGUCAAUUAAGUUUCUAUUGGAAUCAAAGCAAGUGCUCCGAAUACGAUUUGUUUUCACUGUUUUAAACUUAAUGAUUAUCAAUUAUGUUUGGAUACAUUAUUUAAUUAUUUCAAUAAAACAAUUAUAUAUUUUAUCUGAUUUUAAGUUUGUAUUAUCAUUUUUUGAAAAUCUAUUACCUUGAUCCUUACCAAAGUCUGUUUCUUUUUAAUUCCCUUAUACACGAUUUAACCCAAUCAAUUUUGGAAUUAUACAAAUCAGCGACUAUUUCGGCUUGGGCAAGCGUCUGGUUUUUGUGAUACGAGUGUCGCUGGCAAAAGUUUCGGCAACAAUGGCUUAUUCAAAAUUGUACAUAGCACGUUUCGGCUUAAACUAAAUGUAAACCUACCAGCAAAAGUUUUAUAAAUAGUUUGAACAAAUUGUUUGACAUUGUAAAAUAUUUAAUAACACCUACGGUUACGGUUAAUUUAGUCAAAAUUUUAAAAUUACUUUUUAGGCACGUUAAAAUAUCACAUCUAAAUCAAUAUUGAUGGAGGAGAAAAAUGAUAAAUACGAAAAUAUUGCAAUGCUCUGGCACAAAGGCAACCAACAUCCAAAAAUUUUUAUGGUAACCAAUAUGGUGGCUUUUAUUGGAAUUAGACCAACGGGACUUGAUCGGAAUGAUCAGCAUGAUUUGCUAUAAAAACACAAAGCUUAACACUAAGCUGUAGCAAACCUUUAGGCCUUUUAGACAAAAUUUUAUUAAUCCUUUCGGCUUUAAAAAAUCGAAAAAAAUCGAUAUGAACAAACGACGAAAACACACGAACCUUUUGGCUUUAAAUCAAAAUUAUUUUUAGUUUUAGUUAAAAAACAAAUGAAAAAGUUUAUGAGAAUGAUUAUAUCAAAGUAAAUUAUGGCAAAUUAUGCUAUAAUUCCAAUAAAAGCAAAAUUUAGACUGAAUGUCACUGUGAUAAAUGCAAAUUAAAAACAAAACAACCUAAACGUAAAACUUUUGUACAUUUUAGGCAUUAAUACAAAAUUUAAAGCAUACACUUAAUCAAAAACAAAAACAUACAUUUAGGCGCAACAAAAUCUAGCAUAAAGACAGAAACUAAGAACAAAAUUUUCAAUCGCUCCAAAAUCAUUUUGCAGACCAAUCCAGGAGAUUUUAAAAUCUCCUACAAUGCUCUGUAAUUUGCAAUUAUUUCCCACUCAUUAUUAUUUAAUAUAAUUUAUGUUUGAUUCCUUCUUUCAGUUUCUUGAUGUAUUAUUUAAUUGAUUUCAUAGUUGCUAACAAAAUUUCAUAGCAAAAAUGAGUUUAAAGAAAGCUGCAAAAUGGGGUACACCAGCUGCUUCCGUGGAAUCUUGCCUUUGGAAUUCUUCCGAAGGGCAUCAAAAAGUGAAGACCAAUGACCACACCGGCCAAGACAAAUAUAGAAACAACGGUCACAUGUAUAUCGAGGAUCUAACAGUGAUCGUGAGGUAAUACUUGAUAUGGCAGUAAGCCUAGAUAGAUAAAGGGGCUACAACAUGACAAACCAAACAGACCAGACCGGGAAAAAACAUACCAUUGUAGAACCCUGACAAACAGUCGAUGGAGGUACAUAGUGCAGAGACAUAACGCAGAGAAGGAAAACUGCUGAGGAGAAAUAGGAAAACACAAACAAAGUUACAAGCAUACCUAACAAAAAACAAUAGCCCAAUUUAAAUAACCAAGAGUACAAAUACAAGUAAUUUUUAUAGCAGAAAUUUUAAUUGCAGUAUCAAAGAGCCAUAAUAAGUAAACAUAAGUAACAUGUAACCAUAAAGCAAAUCCAAGAAACACAAACACACAACGUAAACAGAGGCAUGGUAAUAUUUUAAACUUGGCACAUCAAAAUCGACAAAGAAAAACCAAACUGAGAAAAGUAAAUAAAUCUGGAAUCUGCGUUUCGAUUAAAAAUCGUGACACCCUGAAAAUCAAAAAAAAAAACAUAAGUAAACAGAUAAAGUAAAAUCCUUUCUUCUUAAAAAUUAAAAAUGAAAAAUUAUAAUACAACUAAUAAUAAAUAGAAUAUAAUAUAAAAAGAUAUCAGAAUAAUAUUUGAGAACAAUUAAAAAAUUAUCACCUUUCCGGCUUACAUUUCAGACUCAGAUAUAGUUCAAUCCCAGAGAUAAAGCAAAAUUCAUAGAAAAUGCCUACAACAAACAUACAAACUACAAUGAAGCAAAAUCGAAAAAGAAAGGGUUGGGGAUGGUGGCAGUGUAAUCUGUGAGUAACCUUCCAUCCCACAAUUUUCAGAAGCGAAUGCAUUAUAAUUGAGUACAGCCGCUUUCUGCAAUAGUGAUAAUAGUUUUUAAGUCAACCACCAAGCAUCAAAGCAACCAACAAAGAAAAAUAACUCAAGAGAAUCAACAAAGAAAAUGAGAAUAUUAAAAAAUAGAUAAAUACACAUUGAAAUAGCAACGGUAAGCACUAAUUUAAAGAAAUGAGGAAUAACAAUGACACUGAUAAUUCUGAAAUAAAAUGAGAUAUAAUAAUAUUUAUAACAAUAUAAAAGCCCAUUGAACAACAGCUGUUUGAUUUAAUAAAAAAAAUUGUCAGUAACACGCAGUUAACGGAUUUAAUUCGAUUUCCAAUGAGAUUUUUAGUUAAAUUACCAAAUAUCCGAAAGGAAGGCGAUAACCAAAGAAUGAAAUGGAUUACUGACACUCAAAAUACUUAAUAAAAUAAAACCGAUUCAAAAGUAAACGAAUUGCAAAAGCAAAGAAAAAUAGCGUAUAGCAUAUGGAAAACCCUAAGCUCUUAUAUUAUAUGUAUGGUGUAUUAUAUUUUUUAACCUAUUUAAGGCGUACUCUCUAUAUAUACGAUAUAUCUACUUAUAUUUGACGUAACCUUAAAAAGUUUGUGACAGCAGCUAGCUGCGUAAAUAGGUGGAAUACAGACUUUUAAUUAUAUUGAAGCCAGAUUGCUAAAAUGAACCAUAACCUGUUUUAAGUUUAAAAGAAUACAAAAUGAAUAAUGAAUUGAAGAAAUCCAAACAACAAUAGCCUCGUUAGUUGUUAAUUAAGCUUAAAUGGCGAUAUUGAUAUAAACUCUAAACUCAAAUUAUUGCAAAAAGGUGGACAAAUAAGGGAUUAGAUACUGUCCUGGGUCCGUUACGUCUCCGUGUCUUCGUUUUGGCAGAAAGGCCAUAAACGGUAACCUCUAAGUUUUUGCAAAAUUAUUAAUUCUUGUUAUGUUGAACAAUAUAUGAAAAGCUACCCAGAGUGAUGGAAUCAAUAAAAUGGUGUUGAAUUAUUCAACAUCAAAUGGAAAUGGAUUUUAGUGUUAGAUUUCAGUUCAUUGCGGAUCACCGCCGAAAUCACGAAUUAAAAAUGAGCAAAGUCAUUAUUUCUUUAGACAUUAUUAUUAUUUCUUUUAACAAGUUUAAUUUCGGUCCGAGGGCCUAGGAUCACUCUAUUCCCUUGUGGAGGUUUACUUUUUGCAAUAGACACCAUGUGCCCAUAGAACAAGUAAUUUAUUACAGACAGAAAUCAAAUGAUUUAUUUAUAUUAUAUACGAAUUGUUGUUUUUGCAACAGGAACAAAUCACAAACCAAAUGAAAUAGUACCGAAAAUAUUUUACAGAAUUUUUACAAGUAACCGACUAACAAGAAAUAAAUACAGCUCUCAAAUAGAAAUAAAAUGUCCGAAUGUCAGUAAAAAUAGCAGCAGAUCUAAAAUAAAUCAAUCAGACAGCUUACAACUGAGAAAAACAGCAAAAAAAUAGUAAAAGUCGACGAGGUUCGACGAAAACGCCGAAAAAAACAAACUAAAACGGAGAACAUAUAGUUACAUUUAAUUAACAGACAUAAAAUUAUAUUCCAUUAAGUGUUAAGUAAAGUAUGCAAAUGACAAGAAAUUAUUUUAAAACCUGCGCUUGCCAAUGAGUUAGACACUCAAAGGAAGAAAUCGUCAGAUACGACGAUUUACGAUAAGUUCAAUUACCCGAAGGAUCAGACUACAUCAGAUUAGAGAACGAACCGAACACAAUUUGUUAUGUUAACAUUCCUUUGAUACAUACUUUUGUAAUUAUUAUAAACAAUUGACAGGGACUACCAUUUAAUAACUACCAUAGAAAUAAUAACUGAGCAGAGUCAAUAGAAUCAAAUUUUAUUUAUGCAGAUAUCAGCGUCGGCUCCGGCAGUGAGCACUUAUUAUUAAUUGUAACUCAACUCUAACUGUACAUAAGCAAUCACAAACUGCAACUGCAAAUGCAAUAGUACCAACGUAAGUAAAUCAAUUAUUUCACUAAUUUGGCUAACGAAUAGCUAAUGCACCAAGAAAAAGGAGAGCAGAGAUCAACAGAUGAGAAAAAUUGUUCAAGCGGGAUGGAUAAGUAAAAGGUACGAGUGAGUUUCAAGAAUUUCGCUAUGAGUUAAUCAGCUGAACGCAACAUAUCCAUGUAGAAAUAUGACCACUGCUACUAUGGCCGAAUACGUUUUGUGACAUACCCAGUAAUAACUUUAAUUUGUUUUUAUCAGAAAGUGAGAAUUUAAUUGAAGAUUAACCGGUUUUUGGUUUGUAGAGCAGACGUUUUAAUCAAAACCAUCAAUCCAAAUCAAAACCAAAAUAGAAUCAAACAAAGCAAUAGUGAUACAAUACUGCCAGGAUCAGGACACGUACCUGCCCUGGGCCAGCCAAUAGCCAAUAGCCUGAUACAAGUAAAUAACAAUAAACCGAACAAAUCUUUUAAUUUACAACAUAUACAACAAAUGCAACGGAUACCGCAGCAGCAGCAACCAUAGUACAA